AUAAUAUUAUUAAAACACUCGGGAUAGCCUAAUGGUUUCUUAUUGUUUACAGUGUGUAAAUGUUGCUUUAUGUUCUAUUCUGUGCUCUAACUCUAGACUUUAAACAUGACGACAUGGUGUGCGGGGCGGAAAUGUCAUGUAGUCCGUAGUGUUCAUGUGUCUGUUUCCGUGUGAAGGUGUAAUUGCGACUGACCCAGAUCGAGAUGAAAACAGGUUCUGCAGUAAGGGUCUAAUGUCAUUUCGUGCGAGAACAGUCUGACUGACACUGAGGAGUAUUCACACAGUCUCGCGGUGCCAUGCUGCUUUUGGCUGAGGAGGGGUUUUUGUUGACAACUCUUCAUCUGUCUGCUCGCAUCUCUGUCCAUUUAACUCCCUCUAUCACUAUGCUUACUGUACUGUGAUUGGGGAAAGGUCCUUGCUCUUAGUUGGAAGAUGCCAAAUGCAGAGCUGAGGAUGCACAUGUGGAACUCCUUCCACUGGAAAUGGCCAGUGCAGUCCAGUCCCUCCCUGUACCUGGUCUGUCUGUAUUUCCUCUGCUCUGUCACUGGGGUUUCAUCAAGCAUUUGCAAAGUAACAGGAGGUGUGCUGGGCAUCCAUUGGAGCAGCGUUAUUGGUCUGGGCUGGCAGCCACUGGCGGUGGAUCAGGGAGGGCCUCGGUGCUGGGAAUCCUGCUGUCUGAAGCCCUCCUGUGGUGCUGUGUGGAGCCUUGGUGGCCGCUGUGUGUUACUGGCCUGUGGUCGAUCAGAGGGCUGCUCCAUCACCUCGCUCCCACAGCCUUAUAUAGAAUCUCUAGGGCUUUUGCAGCUGCUCAACAAGAGCACGCACAGGAGGAGGAAAGCACGCCACAUUCAGGAUGUCAGAGUCAUUCGGGAGACAGAGCAUGACGUUCCAGAGGUCCAAUCCGUACACCCCACAGCAUGGUUGACUACAACCAAAGGUCUGGCACCUGUACAUACAGCAGGUAAAACCCUGAGCCAGUCCAGCAGUAGCACUGAAGAACAGGUGGAUCUCUCAGCAUCUGAGCAUGAUUCAACAUUGGCAGCUGGCACUACGGAUCAUUCUGCAUCUAACAACAGUUAUCAGUCACCACAAUCCACGUCUGACACCCAUUCAGUGACUCCACCAACAACACCAGCUGAAACAGUAAGGGAACUGGUCGUAUCUGCUGGCAACAGCGUAGAGGUCACUUUACCGCUCAAUGAGGUGGAGCUGAAUGCUUUUGUAGUGCCAGCACCCCGCUCAGGGACUAGCUAUGAAUUUGACUGGCGUUUGAGGACACAUCCAAAAGACUAUAGUGGAGAAAUGGAGGGUAAACGCAGCAAGACGCUAAAGCUCAGUAAGCUGACAGUGGGUCUGUAUGAGUUUGAGGUGGUAGUGGAUGGUGAUGGGGUGCAUGGGGAAGGAUACGUCAACGUUACUGUCAAACCAGAACCAAGAGUAAACAAGCCACCUGUUGCCAUGGUUUCUCCAAAGUAUCAGGAAAUCUCUUUGCCAACAAGCUCAACUGUGAUUGAUGGCAGCCAGAGUACCGAUGAUGAUAAAGUGGUGUCAUGGUAUUGGGAGGAGGUGAAGGGACCACUUGGAGAAGAAAAGGCCUCAGGAGAUACUGCUAUUCUCACCCUGACCAACUUGGUUCCUGGUAACUACACCUUCAGUCUCACAGUGACUGACUCAGACGGAGCUCAGAAUUCAACCCAAGCCAUGUUGUUAGUCAACAAGGCCACAGACUACAGGCCUACAGCUAAUGCUGGACCCAACCAAGUGAUCACUCUGCCACGCAACUAUAUCACACUAUACGGCAACCAAAGCACUGACGACCAUGAGAAUCUGUCCUAUGAGUGGUCACUUAGCCCUGAGAGUAAGGGCAAGGUGGUGGAAAUGCAGGGUGUGAGGACACCCAGUCUCCAGCUUUCUGCCAUGCAGGAGGGUGACUACACUUUUCAGCUGACUGUCACUGACUCGUCUGGGCAGCAAGACACGGCUCAGGUCACUGUUAUCGUCCAGCCAGAGAAUAACAAGCCCCCUGUAGCGGAUGCAGGCCCAGACAAGGAACUCACGCUGCCUGUUGAUCGUACCACGCUGGAUGGCAGCAAGAGCAGCGAUGAUCAAAAAAUUGCCACGUAUCACUGGACAAAGACCAAGGGUCUGGAGGGGGUGAAAAUUGAAAAUGCAGACACUGCUGUUGCCACGGUGACCGGUCUGCAGGAGGGCGAGUACAUAUUCGUGCUGACUGUGACAGAUGAAAGGAAUCUGGAGAAUUCUGACACAGUCUCUGUCAUUGUCAGGGAAGAGGAUGACCAACCACCCAUCGCCAAGGUUCUGUCCAGUCCUCCAAUCACUCUGCCCAUCCGCACAGCAGUUCUGGAUGGUUCCCGAUCAUCAGAUGAUAAUGGUGGAAUCAGCUUCCUCUGGACUCGAGAAGACAGUAGCCCAGCAGCUGGGGAUGUCCUGAAUAACUCUGACCAUCAGGCAGUGCUUUUUCUUGGUAAUCUGGUGGAAGGGAAGUACACUUUCACACUGACUGUGACGGACAGUAAGGGAAAGACCAGUACUGAUAGAGGCAUUGUGGAGGUACGAGCAGAUGCCUUUGAGCGAGACUUGGUGGAGCUGAUCCUGGAAGUUGCUGUGACCCAUGUGUCUCGCAGACAGAAGGAUAUGUUGAUCAGACAGGUUGGCGUCCUCCUGGGCAUACUGGAUAGUGAUAUCACUGUGCGAGAGAUUAACGCCUUCAAUGAGCAUAGUACUCGCCUGGUAUUUCUUGUGUCUGGAGGCCCUGGACGACCUCCCUUGUCUGGCCAUAGUGUUGCUAUGGAACUACGCAACAAACUUAGCAAGCAAAAAAAUGACUUUCUUAUCUUUAAGGCCCAGCGGGUGGACACAGUCAUCUGCCAGCUGAACUGCUCUAGUCACGGUGACUGCGAUUCCUUCACCAGACGCUGUGUUUGCCACCCAUUCUGGAUGGAAAAUUUAAUCCGAAUUUAUCUUGGCGAUUCAGAGAGCAACUGUGAAUGGAGUGUAUUGUACGUUACUAUAGCAUCAUUCAUGAUCGUAGUUGCCAUAGCAACUGUAGUCUGGGGAAUGGUGUGCUGCUGUAGAAGAAGGAAAAGCAAAGUAAGACGAAAGAGUCGCUAUAAAAUUCUGGAGAGAGAUGAGCAAGAGCCUAUGGAAUUACAGAUACCAAGAGCAGGUCGCCUGAAGUCAGUUUCAGCUCCUACAUCAUCUGCUCUCAUGCACUCAGAUUCUGAUCUGGAAAGUGAUAACGGCCAGGCAGGUAUCCCCUGGUCUGACAGAGAGCGUGGAAAACUUCUGCCACCUCAAAAUGGAUCUAUACAUAAUGGCCAAGUCCAUCACAAACCUAAAAAACAAAGGGAAGAGCUGCUUUAGCAAAUGGAAACCUUAUUAUUUCACCAAUACACUGUUUACCCCUCAUUAACGUGUCACUAAAGACCUUUAGAAGGAACCUAUGGGACUUGAAGGUGACCCCUGCUACUGCUUCCCAGGGUUGAAUCCCUGCCAUUUCUGAGCCAAACGGAAAAUAUGUUCAUACCCGAAUGGUGGGAAAACACCCAAAUAUUGCUUUAAUAACAGGGAAUUUAUCCCUUGGUUUCUGUCUGUACAGAACCUGCCAGAUCUUUAGAGCCAUGCACCACAAAAGACAUUUGAGAAUGUAGCUGCUUAACUGCUGAGAGAGAAUAUAAGUACAGAUAACCACUGGAAAAGGUUAGCGUAUCAAAACAGCUCUCUGAGAAAAACCUUUUCCGACAUCACAUCACACAGAGAUAGCUGAGCCUGCCUCGCUGUCCUCCCUUUCAAGGCUUCCUGAUAAGUCAGCCUGUCACUUCCAAACACUGCCCGGCAUGUCUGUUGACCUUUUUUCUUCUUUUUGUUUUUAUUAUCCAGAUAGUGAGUCCUAACAACAAUGCCAAGUUGUAUGACUGCAUGAGAAGGUUUUGUUCCAUUGUUUAUUUUGUAUGCUUCGCAUGUAUUAAAUUGAAAUUGUGUUCCGAGUUUGUGUCUCUGCGGUCUUGUUGGAUGAAUGUGUAUGUCAGAUGUGGGUUUUUGCCACUUUAAACACCAGCAGAGUAUAUUGAAGUCUGCAGCAGAAUAGCCAUGAUUGUCAAAGUUAGAAAGAGGCAUAUCAUACACUGGAUUAAUGUAUUGAAUGUUACACUAGGAACAAUAACUUGAUUCACUGGUCUUGGGAAUUAAUGUGACAGGGCUAAAAUGGCCUUGCUUAUUUCUCACCUCAACAUCUCAAACCCAGAUGACCUUUUACAGUCAUGACAUUUUUAAAUGUAUUUUAGUCAUCAAACCUUAAAUGGACGUUUUGUUACAUCUGGAUUGCAUUGGUACUGCAUUCUAAAAAAAAAAAUUAAGUUCUUAUUUUUUGAAUGAUUUUAAAAUAGUUUCUGCACAGCCUUUUGAGAUAAGGCACUCCAAUUCUAAUGUUCUUUGUAUUUGUUUAUUAUAAAGGUCUGAAUGUUAACUAGAUGAAGUCUGUGUGCAAUCACCCACAUGUAUUGCACUUUGUAAAUGCAUGGGUGUUUGAACCACCUAUACCAGAGACUGGAAAAAAUGAAGCGAUUCCUUCUUUUUUUUCUUUUUUUUUAAAUCCAUGUUUUUUGUUGUUGUAUUUUUAGUGAAGGAUUCCCUGUUUCAUGUGACUUCUAA